GCGAUUAUAUGGUCAGGUGAAUACACCUACGUGCUAUCCGUUUGACUAGUUAAACUAGCUCUAACAGGGCUUUAGAUUUCCCAGGUGUGUUUGAUACCAGGCAAAGUAUGACCCAAAGAGCUAAGGCAGAGGAUAAAUGGGCCCAAACUGGAUGGAGAAUAGAGCAGAAGUAUGCAAACAAAGUGUUGUUAGGCAACUGGGCUGAAGAAAGACUUCAGUUCACUCGAAAGCCAAAGAUAGCCUACAGCACCAGUUGUGUAGACUACCGGCCCCACUGGGAUUUCAAGCCAGACAUCUCCGAGAGAAGAUCUGCCCUGCUGAGAGCUGAGGGGCUUCCAUCUAAGAUGAUUUUCGGCCAGUGUGACCCACCAUCCUCACACUAUCUGGUCACACAGUAUGAGGAAAGCUACGGGCAUAACCAUACCAAUGCUGUGCCCACUCUGCAAUACAGACAUACAGACAACUUGAUAAAAAAGCACAGGAGGUCUGACCAGAUGACUUCUGUGCCAUGCCAGCUUUUGCAAGAAGCACUUCCAAACAACUUUGGCCCGCUGCAGCCUGCAAAUCACCAUUUUGAAAUACAGCAGUCACACCUUCCAUCUCUGACUGAGUACAGGUCAGCAUACCAGAGGCACCCACUUAGUGCCUUCUGCCAGAGCCGCUUUGCCAAGGCUUCACGCAUGCUCUCCAGCCACCUCUAUGGAGCCAGUCAUAACAACAAGGACCUGGAUCUGAGACAGCACUUGAUCCUACAAGUCCCAGAUCAUUGUCUCAGUGUAUGUCCACCAUCACAACAGGCUUAG